GGAGCAUGGUGUGCUUUUUAUUGCACCGAGUUGAAACGAUUGUCUACGUCCCUCGAAGCCCUGGCCGUGGUUUCUGGAUGAACAAUAUCGGAGGUUUGAGAACGGUCCACUAGGAAUGUCCCAUAUUGCCUGCGGGCGUCUUGCUGGGCGAAGCUGCAUGGGUAUCUGGGACAGAGGCUGCAUGGGUAUUUGGGAACCAGCCAAUCAACAGCCAGAUCGUUUUAUAUCGUGUAUUAUGCGGCGAGGCUGCAUGGAGAUUUGAGAAUCAACCAAUCACGGCCAGUUCCCAUCACGAAAAUUAAAGGAGGCCUGGACCUUGGAAAUCAGGCUGAAGCAACCUGUUUUUUUAUUUAAAUCGUGCUGACCCCAGCCUAGUGGCAUCAACUUUCCAUCGCAUUCAACCCCGGAACCAUGGCCGACGCGGAUUGGGAAUCGGUCAAGCCCGAGAUCGAGCGUCUCUAUAUCCAGGAAAAUAUGCCUUUACCGCAGGUUAUGGACCGCAUGGAGUCCAUGUACGCCUUCCAUCGAACACGCAAGCAGUACGAACGCAAACUUAAAAGCUGGAAAUUUCUGAAAUAUAAUACACGACCAUUGGAGGACUGGCAGUUCGUCGGCAGGAAACUGGAGAAACGAAGAAGAGAAAAGAAAGACAGCGAGGUGUACUUUGACGGGGUCCAGCAACCGCCCCAGAAGGUGAGGAAAGCAACAUACAAAAAGGCUUUUGUGUCAACCAUCGACCGAAUAACCAGCAUCUCCUCCCCGGUCACGCCGGAAGGGGUUGUUGUCUGCACGCCAGCAUCCCCGGGGAUGCGUCUGGCGUGGGAUGCAUCCCUCCCAUGGCUGCGAUUUUCGAGUCUGUUGCAGCCAGAGCAUGACCCAGAUCAGCCGUCCCUCCUGCCCUCACUAACAGUGGCGUCCCCCCGGGACGCCGACACUUCAUCAUACACCCUCAACCACGAGGUGAUACGGUGCUUGAGUUCGAUUUUGCCCUGGAAAAGGCUCACCACCCCACCGGGAAUAGACAGCAGCACCCGCACCACCGCGGCUCUGACUGUCUUGAUGCCUGAAGAAUACGAGGGCCAGCACUGCGACCUUUCCGCCAGCCUGUGCAGUUCCAAGCACACCAACAUGGACCGCCUGUCCCUGGAGCUGUACUUGCUCUCGAACAACCUGGCAUCCCAUAAUCCAACCGGCACGUCAUUCGAAGCCAUGGAGACCGACGACACACGGGUCAUGAAGCUGUUCCAUGAAUCGGGAUGGAACAGCGCGAAGCAUCUAGAGACCAUCCUGGCUAUAUCAGAGCCCACAGCUGGGGCUAUACUGGAGAAGGUUUUUGCGAGCGCAAUACGGCUGCUCGAUACAGACACAGUGGAGAGGAUGCUGAAAGCCGGCAUGGAUCCGAAUUCCCCCAUCGAAACCGUCCGCCAUGGCGCACUCAUACCCCUGCAGUUUGCGGCAACCAUCAAUGGGAACACAAAGCUCCUCUCACUGUUUCUAUCGCACGGGGCGGACGUGAAUUGUUCGAAAAGUCCACUCCCGGCUCUCUACUUUGCUCUUAUAUCUGAAAAUGAAGAAGCGGUAGAUAUCCUCCUGUCUCAUUGCGCCACGGUGACGCCCGCGUUCCUCGCCGAGGCUGUUUCAAGGAGCAUUCAUAUCAGCCUUAUCGGCAGGCUCAUAGAGGCCUGUCCAGAUAUUAACGCACGAAACUCGGAGUGGGAGCAGACCGCCCUUGCGCGAGCUGUGAUCUUUGGCAGGCUUGAGGCCGUGCAGCUCCUGCUUGCCAAAGGCGCCCAAGUCAAUAUAUUGGAGAAAAUAUAUUUCGGCGGCUAUUCAGGAAAAGAAUCGAUGGUCUUGGGGUUAGCGAUCAGGGAGCGCGGGGUAGACGACAUCUUCAGGCUUCUAUUAGAAGCCUGCACGAAUGUCAACCCGGAUCCGAAUGGGCGGCCUUAUAUUUCGCCUCUCGCAAUAGCAGUGGAUCGAGGGAAUCUCCAAAUCACAAAAAUUCUGAUCCAAAAGGGUGCGGAUAUCUUGGUUGCUGAUAGUGACUCAGAUACGACUCUGCUCGAACUGGCCGCCAAGCACAAGAAUGUAGAAUUGGGCAGACUCUUGAUAGAUAAUGGCGCCCGGGUCGAUCGACCUUUGUCCGCUGGCAAAGCUCCCCCGUCGGCAAUUUUUCUGGCCGUGAAAAACAAUGCAACCGAUCUGAUCCCUCUCCUGAUCGAGGCGGGUGCACGGCUGAACGAUGAAUACAGGCAGCACCCUGGAACGGUUCUCGGAGCGGCCAUUGAGAACGGAGACGCAUUAUUAAUACAAUACCUGCGCAAUGCUGGAGCGACGAUGCUCGGCAAAAAGCUGCAGAAAAUUCGAGACGUUAACGUGGCAAUCUAUCUGCAGCAGAACGGCAUCUUGCAGUCGAUCAUGGCAGAAUGCGGGCACCGUAUCUUCGCAGCGGCACUCUCAGCCAGGGAUUAUAAUCUGGCGCAUUUCCUCCUUUUCAAUAGCGAGUUCAAUUUCGAUGAUCAUGCGUCCGAUAUACCCCUGGAAGCGGCCAUUGAAUCACACAAUCUCUUCUUUGUAGACGCUCUUCUGGAUCUUGGAGCCAGAGUGACGGAUCGUGCCCUCACCUCGGCAGUCAGACUCUGUGCAGAGGCUUUCACCGAUACCAACUUGCUGCGACGCCUCCUUUCAGGCUUUCAGGGAAACGCCCCGACUGCAGUGGGGGCCGCGAUACGCAAGAACAGAUGUGACCUGCUGCAGCUCAUCCUCGAAGCAGGGGUCGAUCCCACCGGGGCGCCUUGGUGGUCAGGUAGCUCCUGGGGAGACGAGGUUGGGUUUUUUGGUGCUCCGGAGUCAGUCCUAGAACUAGCAGCACAGCUAGGCGACCCAACGUCCAUCUUACAGGUUCUUCUCCAGUCAGCUCUCUGGGACCCCCGAGCUAGCGGCCGUGCUCUGGCAAUUGCAGUGAUCCUCCAUAAACAAGAAGCCAUGGAGGAGCUUUUGGCGGCGGGGGCCGACGUCAACCAAGAGGUCGUCGCCGUGGACUUCCCAUACAAAGUGGCAGAUUACGAAAAUAGGGACCGAACAGAAAUCCUGACCCCUUUGCAGGCCGCAGUGAGCCACCAACAAGUCUCGAUGGUAGAACGUCUAGCCAAGUACGCUGAUGUCAAUUACCUUGGCCGCGGCCAGCGGACGGCUUUGCAGCUUGCCGUGGAGAGGGGAAACAUGGAGCUUGUGAACAUGCUUCUUCGCCAUGGCGCUGAUAUCAACGGUCCCCCUGUGGUCAAUAGGGGUGCAACCGCGUUGCAGAUUGCAGCCAUCAGAGGAUACCUGGGCCUCGCCCGAAGGUUGAUCGACCUAGGCGCUGAGGUCAAUGCGGAACCUGUGAGAUUCGACGGCCGGACGGCGUUGGAGGGAGCUGCAGAAUAUGGUCGAAUCGAUAUGCUCUACAUGCUGGUCCAGGAAGGAGCUCUGCUCGUUGGCAAUGGCGAGCGGCAGUACCAACGAGCGGUGAGGUUGGCAGAGAGGAACGGACAUAUGAUGGCUGCAAAGCUGCUACGAUCCUUUAGGGCUGCAAGACAAAGCGACACUCCUAAAAGAGAGGAGUAGAAGGUGCAUCCAGGGUUUCUUCUGUUGCUGGCUACAUUUUGUACCAAAUUUUCGGGUUCUUUCUACUUUCUAUAUUAUUGAGAAUAGGAUCAAGCUUAGAUCGAGUGCAC